AUGUCCAACCAAAGCUCUGUAUCUGAGUUCAUCCUCCUGAAAUUCUCUGAUGCUCAGGAGAUGCAGAUUUUGUAUUUUGUCAUGUUCCUAGUGAUUUAUCUCACUGCCCUGAUGGGGAACUUUCUUAUCAUCACAGCGGUAGUCCUUGAUCGCAACCUCCACAACCCAAUGCACUUCUUCCUCAUGAACCUGUCCAUCCUAGAUAUUGGAACAAUUUGUGUCAUCAUCCCCAAAGCCAUGGUCAACUCCCUGCUGAACAUCAGGACAAUCUCGUAUGUUGGGUGUGCCACCCAAGUGUUUUUCUUUGUCUUCUUGGCGGGAGCAGAUUUUGCCCUUCUCACCGUCAUGGCGUAUGAUCGCUACGUUGCCAUCUGCAAGCCCUUGCACUAUGAGAUGAUCAUGAACAGAAGAGCAUGUGUCCAAAUGGCAUCCAGUGCCUGGGUAGCUGGUGUACUCAACUCUAUCAUGCACACUUGGAACUUGUUUUCUUUCACUUUCUGUGGAGGCAAUGUGGUAGACUUCUUCUUCUGUGAAGUUCCCCAGCUCCUCAAGCUCUCCUGCUUGGACACAUAUAUCAGGGAACUCUGUAUGAUAUUAUUCAGUUUCUGCUUAAUUUUGUCCAGUUUUAUUCUUAUUGUUGCAUCCUACAUUCAGAUCUUACGUGCAGUGCUGAGAAUCCCCUCAGAGCAUGGUCGGCAUAAAGCCUUUUCCACCUGCAUCCCUCACCUCAUUGUGGUCUCCUUGUUUGUCUUUUCUGUCACAUUUGCCUAUCUCAAACCUAGCUCCCACAUCCCAUCAGUGCUGGAUCUCAUAGUUGGUGUCAUAUACUCAGUAGUGCCCUCCACAAUGAAUCCCAUCAUUUACAGCAUGAGGAACAGGGAAAUCCUUACUGGUCUGAGGAAACUGGCUCACUGUCUCUUCUUCACUGAACACCAUCUGCCCAUUCUUCACCGGUGA